GUCUAUGAACAAAAUGAAUUUCAUUAAAAGGCUUUCUGCUUUAUGUCUGAGGAAAAGCAAGAUGCAACAGAGGCACCAAAGUAGUAGACGACCAGCUGUUCCACUUGGAUCACGGAUUUUAACUGAUCCUUCUAAGGUUUUUGAGCAUAACAUGUGGGACCACAUGCAGUGGUCACAAGAAGAGGAGGAGAAUGCCAAGGAAAAAGCAGCAGAGAACUCACUUGUGAAAGUCCAAUGGGAAGACCAAGAUAAAUAUGAGAGGGAAGCCAGUAAAUAUUGGAAUGAAUUUUACAAGACUCAUAAAAAUAACUUUUUCAAGGAUCGCAAUUGGCUGUUUCUGGAGUUUCCAGAAAUUCUUCCAGAAAAAAGGAGAGAAGAGUUGAAAACAGAAGAAAAAUCUUCAGAACACGCAAAAAUAAAUAGUACCAACAGUUUUUCACACAGAAAUGAAAUGUUUGAGGAAGGAGAAGAAUAUUGGAAGAAAAAUUAUGGUGGUGGUUCUACUUCUGUACACGGAUAUGUAUAUAAUAAAAAGCAAGCAAAAUCUCUUACUGACAAUCCUCAGGGUAAAAAUUGUGGAGAAGAACUUGGCAGGCUAGAAUCCUUCCCUGGUAGUGAUGCCACUUACAGAAUACUAGAGGUUGGUUGUGGUGCUGGAAAUAGUGUCUUUCCUAUUUUGAAAGUUCUAUGCAAUACACCUGGAACCUUUCUAUACUGUUGUGAUUUUGCUUCAAGAGCAGUGGAGCUGGUAAAGUCACAUUCAUCCUACAGUUCAGCCUGGUGUUCUGCCUUUGUUCAUGAUGUGUGUGAUGAUGCUUUACCCUACCCUUUUCCAGAUGAGAUCCUGGAUGUCAUUCUCCUUGUCUUUGUGCUCUCUACUAUUCAUCCUGACAGGAUGCAAGGGGUUGUAAAUAGGUUGGCUAAACUACUGAAACCUGGAGGAAUGUUGUUAUUUCGAGACUAUGGAAGAUACGAUACAGCUCAACUUCGUUUUAAAAAAGGUCAUUGCUUGUCAGAAAAUUUUUAUGUACGAGGAGAUGGAACCAGAGUAUAUUUCUUUACCAAAGAUGAGGUAUGGAACAUGUUCAACUUGGCUGGAUUAACCGAAGUACAGAAUUUAGUUGAUCGGCGAUUACAAGUAAACAGGAAGAAAAAAGUGAAAAUGCAGCGAGUUUGGAUACAAAGCAAGUUCCAAAAACCAUUGCUGCUAUCUCUGAAUAAUCCUGAAGAAACCACCAAAAGGCACCCUUAUAGAUAAUUGUACCAUGAACUCCAGAAACUGAAGCAAAUCUGAGUACGUGUAUUUCCUAUAAACCUUCUGUAAGCCAUUGAAAAGGAGAAAUAUA